AUGAUCAAAUGUGAUGCUGCCUGUAGCGUGUGUAGUGCUGAGCCUAGCAGAGAGAAAGCACUGAUGAGAGUCCCUGGCGUUUGCAAUGGUGGUGAUGAUGAUGAUGAUGACAAUGAAAUUGUUUCACAUAUUUUAGAAGAGAAAAUAAAUGUGAGUCUGGAUCCAGACACAGCCCAUCCUAACCUCAUCUUGUCUGAAGAUAGAAGACGUGUAACCUGGGAAGAGAAGCCUCGAGAUCUACCUGAUGACCCACAGAGAUUUGUUUCCCUUCCCUGUGUGCUGGGUCAGCAGGUCAUCAGCUCAGGGAGGCGCUACUGGGAGGUGGAGGUUGGGGACAUUGGGGCCUGGGACUUAGGCAUUUGUAGGGACAAUGUAAUGAGGAAGGGAAGGGUUUUCUUAAAGCCUCAGGAUGGUUUCUGGGCCAUCAGGUUAUAUAACAAUGAGUACUGGGCACUCACCUCUCCAGAAACACAGCUUACUCCAAAAAAGCACCCUGCCAGAGUAUGCAUUUUCCUGGAAUAUGAGGAUAGACGUAUCUCAUUUUAUAAUAUGACGGAUAAAUUCCAUAUCCAUACCUUUAAUCAGUGCCUCUUCUAUGGGUCCUUAAGGCCUUUCUUCAGGCUUUGGUCUGCUGAUUCGGGGCACCUGACAAUCUGUCCAGUGUCUGAAACAGCACAACCUGACGAUGACCCUCACCGAGUGCCCACCCCUGUCCUGGGGACAUCAUAUAACCUGCCAGACUAGUCUUAGUGUGAAUUCUGCCAUACCAGGAGCAAAUUAUUUUUCUCAUUUUUUCCAUGACUUUUCCUACCAUUUUAUCUCCCUCAUGAAUUGGCUCCCGAAAGCUAGGUGCAGUGUGCAAAAGUAUGUGUUGCUUAUGGUAUGUUUGUUUAAUGUAAAUGUAA